AUGGGAACCCUCCUGCCCCGGAAAGAAAUCCCGCCAUGGGUGAAAGUUCCUGAAGACCUGAAAGAUCCAGAAGUAUUACAAGUCCACACGGUGGUGCUAAGAUCUUUGUUCGGCCCACAGGGAUAUCGAAUCCCUCACAUAGAGCAGGUGAGCCGGGCCAUGUUCGAGCUGAAGACUCUGGAAUCUUCUGAACUCACCGACAUCUUAGUUUAUGGUGCUUACGACAACAAGGUUCGGGCUAAAUGGAUACUGCAGUCCAUGGUUGAGAGGUACCACCUGCGUCAGGAGAGAGGGAUGCACAAGCUGGAGGAAGCCAUGAAGACCCUGGAGCUGGACCAGUGUUUGGGAGUGAUGCCAGCUUCCGGUCAAUUUGACCUGUGGCUCCACACAGAUUAG